UUCUUCUGAUUCUCGUUGUUUCCAUCAAUUAUUUCGUGAUCUUUAUAUGUCCAUGAGUUCAUCACUAAUAACUAUAUACCAUUGUCUUCCUUACUAGACUAUAUACCAUAGCAACUCAAUAUCAAGAUGAGACUCAGAUUUCAUAACCUCGAGAUAAUCCUUUUAACUACCUGAGAUAUAUACACUUCUAACCAAAAGGCUCUCAAUUUUCAUAACCUUGAGGUGAUGCUUUAACCAUUAGUGAUAUCCACACUUCUAUCCAAAAGGCUCUCAAUUUUCAUAAUCUUAAGAUCAUGCUUUAACCUAAAUACACUUCUAUUUAAAAGGGCUCUCGAUUUUCAUAACUUGGUGUUGAUGCUCUAACUAUCUGAAAUAUCCACACUUACACCCAAAAGGCUCUCUAUUUUCAUAUUCUCGAGUAUUGCUCUAACCAUCUCAAAUAUCCACACUUCCACCCAAAAAAUUCUCAAUUUUCAUAACCUCAAGAUAUUUUUUUAACCAUAUGAGAUAUCUACACUUCUAACCAGAAGACAUAGAUUUAAACUCAUUAUAGACAUUGCAUUUUUAAUAACCUCUUCUCUUUCCCCUCCACUAACCCACCCUCUCUAGCUGCCACUCCCUAAAUCCAUACAAGAUCAAUUAUGUCGUGUGAAAGAGCGUCACUUAUCCUGAAUUAAUACGAACAUUUUAACUUAAAUUUUUGAUUGAGUUGAUUUUUAGACUUUGGUAUAAUAUAUAUCAUGUAUAUGUCACAUAUUUCCUAUACAUAAUUAUUUAGUCGAAAAGAUGAACGUGUCAAGAGAGGAGCUACCAAAACCAAUGGACGGGCUACAUCAGGCCGGGCCGCCGCCGUUUCUUACAAAGACAUAUGAUUUAGUUGAAGAAACAAGCACAAAUAAUAUAAUUUCAUGGAGCAAAGGAAAUAAUAGUUUUAUUGUUUGGGAUCCUCAAAGCUUUUCCAUCAAUCUUCUUCCCAAAUAUUUCAAGCAUAACAAUUUCUCCAGUUUUGUCAGGCAGCUUAAUACUUAUGGCUUUAGAAAGGUAGAUCCAGACAAAUGGGAGUUUGCAAAUGAGUUAUUCCUAAAGGGGCAAAAACAUCUCUUGAAGAACAUAAGAAGGAGAAAAGCAUCAUCCCAAAAUGUUGCACCAACCCAAAACUUGGAGUCAUCAUGUCUUGAGUUGGGUACAUUUGGAUUAGAUGCAGAGAUAGACAGACUUAGAAGAGACAAACAAGUACUUAUGGCUGAACUAGUGAAGCUAAGACAACAUCAACAAAACACUAAAUCUUAUCUUCAACUUAUGGAGUUGAAACUUAAAAGAACCGAGCAAAAACAACAACAAAUGAUGAAUUUCUUGGCUCGUGCUAUUCAAAGUCCUGAUUUCUUACACCAAUUGGUUCACAAGAAGGAAAGAAGGAAAGAGCUUGUUGAAGCUAUUUCUAAGAAACGUCGUAGACCUAUCGAACAAGGUCCCACAAGUACUUGUAGUACUGUUUUUGCGGUUAAGAAAGAGUCGGUUGAUUUCAAUGAUGUGCCAGAGUUUGAAGAUUCGAGCUUAGAUAUACUUGGAAUGGAAAUGCAAGGAGCUAUUGAAGAUAAUAUUAUCAAUGUACCUCAAUUUGAAGAUUCAAACUUAGAUGUUCUUGGGAUGGAAAUGCAAAGAUCAAGUGAAGAGGACAUUGUAAAUGUUCCUACGUUUGAAGAUUCAAACUUAGAUGUACUUGGAAUGGAUAAGAGUGAAGAUUUACUAAUUGAGGGAUAUGAAGAAAUGGGGAGAUCAUUAGAAAUAACAACACUUGAUGGAUUUUGGGAUGAUUUAUUAGAAAAAAAACUAGAAGAAGAUCUGGGUGGAUUGUUGAAUGUUAAUGAUGAAGAAUCUCUUGAAGAGGAAGAUGUAGACUUGCUUGUUGAAAGGCUUGGUGAAUUGGGUUCUAAGCCACCUUACUAGAUAUUACCUAUGUUUCAUUAUACUUGUUAAUGAUAGUGACAUUUUUUCGCUCAAAUGUCACAAUCAGAUACAAGUAAUUCUGAACGGAGAAAGUAUAUACUCAACAAAUAAUUUUUAUUGCUCUAUUAUUUGAUCUAGUGUGCUUGCUAACUAGUUUUAUAGAUCAUGAUGAUGUUAUUAAGGGUCUAAAAAGCAGACUAAAAAAUAAAUUUUUUGUAUUUAAGGAUAAAACUGUGUUUAUUAUUUAUCUCCGAAUCCUAAUUAGCUAAAAGCUUUAUUGUAGUCACCUAAUGAGAUUGACGAGAGUCA